GGCUCAUCUGUUCUUCAGACAUAAGUUUCAAGCUCCAGCUUACCCCGCUUGCGGCUCUUCGGUCCACGGCCCGGAACGGAAAGGAAGUGAGGAAUCGUGCCUGAGCGGAACCUCCCCGGGGUGGGGCCCGCGCUCCGCCGCGCCCCGGGCGGGCAAGCUGGGACAUCUCGCGGUCUCCUCGGUCCUACCAAACUGCCGCCUUCGCCCUCCUCGUGGCCACUCGAGGAGUCUGCGAUCCCUUGAGAGCAGAGGCGGUCGGGCCCUGGCGGGAAGGUCCCCACAAACUUAAGACCGUAGGUGUGGUGGAGACGCGGGCGUCAGCUGACCGAACCUGCGGGCUCCAGGUGCUAGUGUCCGUGCCUGUCGUGGACGCAUUCUGACUCGGGCCCUUCCUCUCUCUGGAGACUGCCUAUGGCUGGGGACCGAGUGAGGUCGUUGCCUUGACGACGGCAGCAUGCGGCCCGCGGUCCUCGGAAGUGUGAGCUUGUGGAGGGCAGAAGCUUCCCUACCUGCUUCACCUAGGACCAGUAACUGCGUCCUCAGAGAAAAUCCCAGUACUGGGAUUGCUCGUUUGCUAGUCAGUAUCUUUUAGAUCUGCUAGCGAGAUGCAUAUCACCUCCAAUUUGUUUCCAAGUUGAAAACCUUUGGCUCUUUCCAUGUGAAGGGUUUGGAAGAAAUACAAGAAAAAUUCCUACCGGUUUUAAAUUAAAAUGGAAAAAUAUGAGAACCUUGGAUUGGUUGGAGAAGGGAGUUAUGGAAUGGUAAUGAAGUGUAGGAACAAAGACAGUGGAAGAAUUGUGGCUAUUAAGAAGUUCCUAGAAAGUGAUGACGACAAAAUGGUUAAGAAAAUCGCUAUGCGAGAAAUCAAGUUACUAAAGCAACUGAGGCAUGAAAAUUUGGUGAAUCUGUUGGAAGUAUGUAAGAAAAAAAAACGUUGGUACCUCGUCUUUGAAUUUGUUGACCACACGGUUCUUGAUGACUUGAAACUAUUUCCAAAUGGACUAGACUAUCAAUUAGUUCAAAAGUAUUUGUUUCAGAUUAUUAAUGGAAUUGGAUUUUGCCAUAGUCACAAUAUCAUACACAGAGAUAUAAAGCCCGAGAAUAUAUUGGUGUCUCAGUCUGGUGUUGUAAAAUUAUGUGACUUUGGAUUUGCACGGACAUUGGCAGCUCCUGGGGAGGUUUACACUGACUACGUGGCCACCCGAUGGUACCGAGCUCCAGAACUGUUGGUUGGUGACGUCAAGUAUGGCAAGGCUGUUGAUGUCUGGGCCAUUGGUUGUCUGGUCAUUGAAAUGCUCAUGGGGCAACCCCUGUUUCCAGGAGAGUCUGAUAUUGAUCAGCUACAUCAUAUUAUGACAUGUUUAGGGAAUUUAAUUCCAAGACACCAGGAGCUGUUUUAUAAAAACCCUGUGUUUGCUGGAGUAAGAUUGCCUGAGAUCAAAGACACAGAAACAGAACCCCUGGAGAGCCGCUAUCCCAAGCUCCCUGAAGUUGUGAUAAAUUUAGCAAAGAAAUGCUUGCAUAUUGACCCAGACAAAAGGCCCUUCUGUGCUGACCUUCUCCAUCAUGAUUUCUUUCAAAUGGAUGGAUUUGCUGAGAGGUUUUCUCAAGAAUUGCAGUUAAAAAUAGAGAAAGAUGCCAGGAAUAAUUCUUUACCAAAAAAAUCUCAAAACAGAAAGAAAGAAAAAGAUGAUGCCUUAGGUGAAGAAAGAAAAACACUUGUGGUACAGGAUACAAAUGCUGAUCCCAAAAUUAAGGAUUCUAAAGUGCUUAAAAUAAAAGGGUCCAAAAUUGAUGGUGAGAAAGCUGAAAAAGGAAGCAGAGCUUCAAAUGCCAGCUGUGUCCAUGACAACGGGACAAGCCACAUCAAAGGCUUGCCUUCCACAAGCCUCAGAGACUGCAGCAAUGUCAACAUUGAUCACCCAAGAAAUCCAGGCAUGGCGAUUCCUCCGCUCACGCACAAUCUUUCUGCAGUGGCUCCUGGUAUUAGUGCUGGAAUGGGGACGAUUCCUGGAGUUCAGAGUUACAGAGUGGAUGAGAAAACUAAGAAAUACUGUAAUCCAUUUGUUAAACCAAAUCAACCUUCUCCGUCGGGAAUUUAUAAUAUGAAUGUGACCACAUCCGUCUCUAGUGAAAAGUACCUCCUUCAGGCUAAUAAGAAAAGGAAGGAAUACUCCAAAGCAGAUGUGCGAUUGCCUGAACUAAACUAUAAUCAUCUUCCGGAACUGAGAGCUUUAGAAGGCAUAGCUCGAAAUUCCAGGCUAAUAAAGAAAGAGAACAAAUCUCUCUCCGAAUCUCGGAUUCCCUCUCUGGCCGCCAUUGACCUGCACGCUUCCAGCAUUGCGCUCCACCAGGGAUCAGGAUCUCCCCUGUCGGAGGAUUCUGAGGGUGAUUUGCCUCGGAUGGAGCAUCAGCACUGAGACUCACUUAACCUGAACAGGUUUCUUAGGCUACACAAUAACCACAAGUAUUACCAACAUAUUCGACAUGAGAAAGUAAGCAACACGAAAGUUAGUUUCCAGGAAGAUUCUGUGUAAAGUGUUUGGUGGUGUACCCUGCUUCUAGAUGCUACCAGCACUGAGAUGAUGUCUCCUUGCAACCAGAGCGCUGAUGCCUGAGAAGAGAUCUGCGGCUUGACUGUUUCCUUCUCAACUACCUACGUUUUCUAAGAAAGGCUUUGUAGAAGAAGGCAAGACAGACUUCCAAAUACUUCAAAGGAAGAUUGAACAAGUGCCCCCCCUGCUGUUACCCCUUCACCUUUCCAACCUAUUUCAAGAUAUAUCCAUGGAAGAAUAGUGAUAUGGUUCUUGUUACAUGAAUGUGUAUUUGAUAUUAGCUAGAUUGUGUAUUUAAAGUUAUCUGAGAUUAAAAGUGAGUAAAAAAAAGGGAAAGAAUCAUUAUAAAAGUCAUGUUUUGUGCAUUGAA